AUGAUAGAAAAAGAGGAAUCUUUGUAAUAUCAAAUGGUAAUCUAAAUAAUUGGUUCUUUAUUACUAUUUUAGAAACUCUAGAAUAGAAACUUGAUGCAGAGAGGUAGUAAUUUCAACAAUAAAAUGGAUUAAUCUAUAAAGUCUUUGAAUUUAACGAAGAUCUCUGAAACACCAAAAUAAGGUGGUAGUAUGUCUGGGAAUAAUUCUUACAGACCUUAGAAGGGAGUUGCAAUGUAGUAAUAAUUGAUUCCUAAGGAUCUUAAUGACAGCUUCAAUUAAGCUAAUGCAGAAGCUAAUAGCAACUCUAACAUGUCUAAAACUGAAUUUGACCCUUAACAUAUGACAAUAAAUAACGAAAGACAAAGCAGUAUGUACUUUUCUCAAAAUAUCAACAACCGUGGACAUGAAUCAUAAAUGAGUUAGCAGACUCAGAAACAAUUAAUGCAUAAGGAAGUUAUUGAGGAGUAGGAUGAUGAAUAUAAUCUGUAUACAUCUUAAUGUAAGCAUGAUAGCAGCUCUACUCCUUAACCUGAAAGCUCUUAUAAUUAGGAAAAAUCUCUGGUUUAUGAAAUUCAAUCAAAAUGCUAGGAUGAGAGGCUUAGAAUUAUUUUAGAAAAAUUCAUUCAAGACAAAUAUCAGCAAGACAUACCUGAUAAACUUACUUCGACAUAAUAAAAAGAAUUGCAUCAAAUUGUAGCUUAUAUAAACUAAGUCCAUAGUUAAACCAAUGAAUGUACUUUCCAUCCAACUAUCAAUCCCAAGACAAAGUAGAUUUUAGAUAAAAAAGCAGAGCAAUAGCAACAGUAAUUAUAACUAGAGCAAUCUUAAAAGAUUUAUUAGCAAGAUCUCCAACCUUUAUCCUAAACUUAAUCAUAAUAAUAACUAUCCCUUUCAACAAUGAAGAAUGCAAACUUGCAUGAAAGAUUGCAUAAAGAAGGUGAACUAAAGAAGAUGAAUAUGAAUAGAUAUCAAGAAGUAAGAUCAUUGAAUAUGAUGGCGGAAUGUACCUUUUCUCCCAAAACAAACUCACCUGCCUCAUGUGAGAAAACCAAGUCUCCUUCACUUUCAAUAAAUAGACUUCAUUAUCAAGAGAUCUAAAUAAGGAAUGAUAAAUAAUCAAAGAAAGAGGCUGAGAAAAUUGAUAAGUUUAAGCAGGAUUAUACUUUCAAACCAGAAAGAACUAAGACAAAGAAGCUUGACUCAUUCCUUGUAAAGUAAAACAAAGAAAAUGAGGAUAGAUAUGAAAGACUUUAUCGUGGCUAUGUAGAAAAAGCAGAUAGAUUAGAGCAUAAAAGGUAAAUCUAAGAUGAACUUGAAAAAUCACAGAUGAAUAGAGUAUCAAGAUCAAAGUCAAUAAAGCGAAGAUAAAAUGAACUUUAAACCAUUUCAAACAAUUUAACUAGCUUUAAUCCUUAGCAAACUUAAUAGAUUAUUAGAGGGCAUAUGCAUAAUAAGAGUACCAGUGGAUUCAUGUCUCCAGCGAAUCAGUACUAUUAAUAACAAUAAAAGGCAAAUCCAACAUUAUCAUCAGCAAAUAGCUUUCAAGUAUUAUCUCAUGUCCCAAGUGCAAACUAAGACACCUUCAGUAGACUCUAUCAAAAUGCUCAAAUUACAAAGAAGAAAAAAGAAAAACUUAGACAUACAAUUGAUUAAGAACUUGGCAUUAGCUUUUCACCGAAGAUAUUCAAAUCUCCCAGCAAGCUAAAGAUGCCUAGUCCUUAAUCUAGUGUUAUAGAAAGAAAUGAAGAAUUCUUGCGCAAUAAAAUUAUGAAGAUUUAGAUCAAGGAAGAGCAGAAAUAUUAAAACUGCACAUUUGAACCAAAACUUGUUUCAAAGAGAAAUCAUAAAAAUAAUCUAUAAAGCAAUAAUAUUCAUAGCAUCACUAGCUCAAACAAUACUUCGUAAGUUGGAGAUAGACUAUACUAGAGUGCUAUUUAAAUUGAGGAAAAAAAGAAUAAAAAGAGAUUGGAAUUAGAAUAGAAGAUGAAGUAGUAGUAUUUAAAAAUUAGAUAGAGUGCACAUAUUCAUUGA